AUGCCGGGUUUUCCCGCGCUCGGCGGCUGUAAUUGUCUUGGUGAAAGAGGGCUUGGGGUGGACUGUAUCAAAGAGAAAACUCGAUCAUCGACAAGAUGUUUGGCAGUAAACCGUUUGGCUCAACGACCACCAACAGCACAUUUGGUUCGUCAGGUUCUUCGCUUUUUGGACAGAAGCCAGCCGGUUCUUCACUGUUUGGCGCGACAACUCCCGCGAAUCAAGGAACCUCAUCGCUAUGGGGCGCUCAAAAGCCGGCCACGACGAGUCUUUUCGGAAAUUCUCCUUCGCAAUCUUCAUCGCUCUUUGGAGGCGAGUGCUGUUUGUACAACACAAAACACAUCGGGCAAUUCAUUGUUCGGAUCUACGCAAGCCAAGCCAUCACUGUUCGGCUCAUCGCAGCCUGUCACUUCAACUUUCGGAUCACCGUCGUCACAGUCUAGUCUCUUCGGUGGUAUGGGAACGACUUCGGGAGGCUCUCUAUUUGGAUCAUCUACUGCAACGACGACCAAUGGAACAACCGUCAAAUUUCAAGCACAAACGGGAACGGACACGAUGCUGAAGAACAACACUCAACAGAAUAUCAACACAAAGCAUAUGUGCAUCUCUGCGAUGAAGGAAUAUGAGACGAAAAGCUUGGAGGAACUACGAAUGGAGGAUUACAUUGCAGGUCGAAAAGGACCUACCGCUGGCAGUGCGACGGCUUCUAUGUUUGGCAGCGGCCAAGGAGCAACCACUUCAUCUACAUCAAUAUUUGGAGCAAGCACACAGCCAAAAACUGGCAUCUUUGGAUCGCCAACUUCGAACAGCUUUGGAGCAGACAGACAGACAACAAAUACAUUGUUUGGAUCUCAACCACAACAACAAGCGUCAACGCCGCUCUUUGGGCCAAAGCCGGCUACCGGAUUGUUCAACUCAACUACUACAUCAGCAUUUGGAGGCACCACAGCGUCUCCCGGCACAUCGUCGAUAUUUGGAGGGACCAAACCACAAGCUUCAACAUUUGGCCAGCCCGCAACCGGUGGCAGUUUAUUUGGCGCCACUUCAGCAUUUGGUACUACGAAUACAGCACAACCCUCAACUGGAUUUUCAUUUGGUGGAUCAAAUACUGGAACAUCCGCCUUUGGACAAGCACCGUCAGCAAACCUUGCACAACCUGCCGCCAGUGGAGGAGUUUUUGGACCACCAGCGGCAAACAAGUCUCUAUUUGGAUCUACGACAGCUCCCGGUACUUCGUUAUUUGGCACUCAACCAUCGACAGGACUAUUUGGACAAACUCAACCACAACAACCACAAGCGGGAGGACUUUUCGGAACACAAGCACAGCCUACUAUUGCUGCUGCGAUGCCAUCACAAGUGCCCGUUGCUGCAGCGGCACCAAUUGUGCUCGGAUCGGACGUGAAUCAACGGCAAAUCGAACGCGCAUUGCUGGAGGCCCAACUGGCAGCCACUCCCUAUGGUGAUGGACCGUUGUUGAAAUGGAUGGAUGCUGCGAAAGCGACAACCGAUGAUCAAACGAACUCAGCAAACGUACAACGCCAAUUGAAAUUCCUGGAAUCGUUGGCUGGCUCACCGGUGCUUUCUGGCAAUGGAUCUCUUGUGCCGCCAUCGAUCUCUGCUUCUCGAGUUCCAACUUUGGCAAAUGGUAUCCAAACGGUCCCAGCGAUGAGCAACUCUCCUUUGUCAGCUAGACGAAAUGGGGCAACGCCGCGUUUUGAUGCUGGUGAUGCGACAAUCGACAGCGCUCUGCCGGGAAGCACGAAUCAAUUGAUUUCAACAACACGCCGUACAAAUAUCAAGCACUUGGAUCCAAUGAUGAUGCGUGACGCGUCGACGGUCAAUUCGCCACAGGGUUUUGCCGAUCCGGAUGAGCUGCCUAAGAUUACGAAUCGAGACAAAGUUGUCUCAACCGACAAUGCUACGUUCGUUGUGAAAGCAGACACAAGAAAGCCUCACAAGCCUGUGCUUCCAUCUCUUCAUUUGGACGGUUCUCUUCAAGAUGAUAGCAUUGUUCAAGUUCAGCCAGCGGCUCCUCAAAUGAAGAUUCAAGAGAUUCCGGCUUCCAAGAUGGUGUCAAAGCCAACCGAUGAUCUGAUUACUAGCCCAAAGAGUAUUUCAAGCAACGAUGACUACUUCUCGGAUCCUCCAUUGGAUCGAUUGAAAAACCAGACUGAUGACGAUUAUAUCGAUCUUCCCGAUGGUUUGCUCGUUGGAAGAUUGACGUAUGGAAGUGUUUUUUGGCCCGGACCGCUUCGAAUUUCAAAGGACAUCAAUAUUAACAAAGUUGUUGUUUUUCGCAAUAAGGAGGUCACCGUUUACCCAAAUGAGGAUCAAAAGCCUUCUGUUGGCGAAGAGCUGAAUCGAUGCGCUGAAGUGACUUUGGAACGUGUCUGGCCAGUGGAAAAGGAAACGAAGCAACUCAUCAAGGAUCCGGAAGUGUUGAUUGGUAUGAAAUGGCGCGAGCGUUUGGAGCGUAUCAGUGCUCGAAUGGGCGCCAAUUUCAAAGACUACCGCCCAACUACUGGCUCGUGGGUCUUCCGCGUUGACCACUUUUCUUCUUACGGUUUAUUGGAAUCCGACGAGACGAAGGAA